AGACUUGUUAUCACGAUGUCGCAAUUCGUUUGUGUUUUGUUAACGUAUACCGUUAUUUGUUGUUCAUUAGCGAAAAGUAAUGAAUUUGUUACAACUUCUGAAUUCGUUAAAAAACAAUCCGAAAAUAAGUUAUUAGCGAAUAUCGUGCGUAAUAAAAAUUCUUCCAAGUCGUACCUGAAUAGCGUAGUGUCUGGUAACGAGAAAUUUGAUCGUUUGGAUAAACAAUCACGGGCUUCAGAUCAACGAUUGGAAUCCGAAUCAAAAGAUAAUUCUAGUUGUUGCGGAUCCAAAUACGGUUCUAAUUCAUCGAUGCGACCCGAUUCAUACUACAGUAGAAUCCCUGUGGAAAACAAUCGAUAUCCAAUUAAAUUCGACGAACGUUUACCAGUUGACAGGUAUUUUUUUUUCUUUUUAAAUGCGAUUAAUUUACGAAAGCGUAAGUUUUAUAUCGAAAGAAUAUCCAGAUACGGCUGGCAAACUCAAGGACCACCAGGAGAAAGCACAAAAAAACCCGGAGGUGGAAGUGUAUUCUACGAAGGAAGUAUAAUAGGAGAUAAUAUUAGAUUUGGUUCACGGCCGAAUUAUGGAAGCGAAAGUUCACGAAAACCCAGUGGUUACGAUUCCAGCGUAUCUGGAGAAUAUGGUUAUGUUAAUAACGGUUACGGAGGAUAUAGCUUUAGCCGACCAACAAGUUAUGGAGGAUCAGUUUCUGGUGGUGGUAGUAUUUCAGGAACUUUUGCUAAUGGCGAAGAAUUCGGACCUGUGGAGCCAAAUCAUUCAGGAGGACAUGUUCCUUCACAUCCGAAUAUUCAAGCACAAAAGGCUGUAGCUUUAAAAGCAUUGGCAGGUGUUGCCUUAAUUGGUGCAGCCGCUGCUUUAGCAACGAAUCCCGUUCUUCUUCCGCUUGGAGUUGUAUCGGGAAGGAGGAAACGAUCGAAUGUUAAAGACAAAGAUGCUUAUAUGAAUUAUAUCUUAGCAAACCUAAAAAAUAACAUUACCAAGAAGGAUGAAAAUGGAAGUGAAACAUCUUUGACACCAUCAUGUAUUGCUAGAUUUACAUGUGAAAUUCAAUGGAAUUAUUGGUUUAAUCAUAGGAAAGAUGUUGAUUUUUUUAUUGGAAAAUUAGCAUUGGAACGUCAACUUAACAAUUUAUUGUUAAAUAACAUAUCUAAAGAACUUGAAAAUGUUCGUAUUAAAAAAUUAUUAAAAACAGCAACUAUUAUUGGUUCGAAUGGAGGUAAUUGUAACAUUCUAACGUGUACACUUAUAAAAAAUAAAAAACCUAAAAAUUUAUCAAUUUUUAAAUUUUAGAAUUUAUAAAAAAAU